UCUAGGUUUUCUGAUCCUUUUUCUGUAGUUUCACCAUCUAUAGUCUUUACCAACAACUGUGGUUUAUCAGUUGUUAAUACAGAAGAAUCAUUAACUAGGAAAAAAUGUCAAAUCUAAAAAUGAAAGAGGCAGCCCUUAUUUAUCUUGACAGAAGUGGAGGCCUCCAAAAGUUUAUAGAUGAUUGCAAGUACUACAAUGAUUCUAAGCAAAGUUAUGCUGUCUAUCGAUUUAAUAUUUUAAUAAAUCCUUCUGAUGUUGUUGAAUUAGAUGCCAAACUUGGAAAUUACAUUUUACAUCAGCCUUUACAAGCUGCUCAAGUUUUCCAAUCAGUCUGUUUUAUUGCUGUUAAGACACUCUCAUUAAUUGGACAAUUACAGACAGAAACUCAAAUUAAUAUUGUGCUGAAGUUAACACAUUUACCUGCUCUGCCAAGUUAUGCUCUUGAUCUUAGUGACUUUCCGCUUGAUUAUACAUCUCAGAGAUUUUAUAUGCUACAAGGAAUUGUGAUUGCAAUGACAACUGUAACUAAGUAUACACAAGGUGCAAGAUUCCUUUGUACAGAUGAAGCAUGCCCCCUUUCAAAAGGAUUUCAGUAUAUAAGAGUACAUGUGCCUGGUGCUACAGAAUCUGCAACAGUAAGAAAUGACUUUUUGUGUAAUCUCUGUGCAUCUUCACUUCAAGAAGACAGAAAAUUUAGAGUACUUGGUGAUAAACAGAUAGUUGAACUAAUUACCACAAAGGCACUUCAGGCUUACCAAGGACAUUCUAACAACCAGCCAUUUAGAUUCCAGUCUCUUACAGUUUUCCUAAGAGAUGAAUCAGUGAAUAAAAUGAACAUAGGAAAUGAAUAUAAAAUUAUUGGAAUUCCUACAUGUGUAAAAACUUCACAAACUUCUGUCUGUAUAGAAGCAAAUAAUAUAACGUUUUGUAAUUCAAAAGUUCCUUCAGGAAUUAGUGACAACUUCAGGUGUCUCCUUUCCUUGACUUCCAGUUCAUGCUGGAAGUUUACAGCAAUACUUGCCAAUAUCUUUGCAUCACAGAUUGUUCCUCCUGGGACUUACAAUUUGCUCAAGCUCUGUUUGUUGAUGAGUCUUGUACAGACAAGUGAACGUAAAAAGGAACUAGAAGAUUGCCUGGAUAUUUUAAUUAUAACAAGUGAUACUCUAAUAGUAGACAGGCUUUUGAAGUUUAGCAUAAGCCUUAUUCCCCGUGGUAUAUGUCAUCCAGUCUCUAGUGAAAUUUUCCCCACUCUAUCCAGGAAUAAGUAUGGAACUGGAGCAGUUAGCAUUCAAGCUGGAAGUGCUUUGCUAGCCAAAGGUGGUAUCUGCUUUAUAGGGGACAUGGCUUCACACAAAAAAGAUAAACUUGAACAGCUUCAAUCAGUUCUGGAAAGCAGAAGCAUUACGGUUUACAUCCCAGGAAAGAAGUUUGGGGGUGAUGCUGAUCAACAAGUGACUUUUCCAGUUCACUGCAGUUUUUGGUCUUAUGUUGAUAUGGAUUCAUCUUCAAGGAGAAACGCACAGAAAACCAACACUCUAAUUGGUCAGAUGGAUUGUAGUUUGAUUCCAGCUAACCUAGUGGAGGCAUUUGGAUUAUUGAUUAACUGUAACGAAUCAUCUCCUUGCCACCCACAUCUUCCUACUGUGCAACACACUUUAAAGAAAGCCAUUGAUCCUGAAAGACUGCUUUAUGUAGCUUCCAAACAGUUCACAGCUGAAGAUUUUGAAAAGCUACUGGAUUUUGCAAAGAAUUUGAAUGUGGAAUUCAGCUCAGAAGCAGAAAGCAUGAUUGAUGGCUAUUAUCUAGCAAGUCGAAGAAUUAGAACAGAUUCUGUAUAUGGAUCAAAACUGUCAGCAUCUGCAUUAAAAUAUUUAGUUUCUCUAUCUGAAGCCCAUGCGCGACUGAACUUAAGGAACAAAGUGCUUAAAGAAGAUGUACUAAUUGCAGCCUUACUAUUUGAAACAUCUCUCACAUUGAAAUAUGGGGCCACUGUAUUUUGUGUUGCUCCAAAUGCAGUAUUUCCAUUUGAAUUGUAUAAUGAAGAGUAUUUAGAGCAAAGGGAUAUCUACCUGACUCAGUGCCAACAACAGCUUGAACAGUUUAUUGCCACGUACGGACCAGGGACAGGUAUCUUCUCUAGUGAUGAAUAAAUGAUUUGAGGAAAUCUUUUUUUCUUCAUUCCUACUUAAGCAGUGAGGAAAAGUGCAUUUGAGAGUGACUUU